AUUCUUCAUUUGGUGUUGGACCUUUCACGUUCGUGGAUCAAUUUUAUAUUUCAUCUCAAUGUGAACUCACCAAAAAAUAAGUGAAAAAAUAUUAAAGGAAAUAUUUGUGUAAAACGAGUGAUUUAAUGUGAAAUUACCUAUUAAUAACAUUCAAAACAUAAAACUGAUAACAACUUGAAUUAUCAUUGAGAAAAUCAAUAAAAAAUUAAAAAAAUAUUAAAUUUUUACCCUUGCAAGCGAUUGAUAACAUUAAAAAAUGUUUGAGUUCGAGGAAGCUGGUGGUCUUCGUGACGUUUUCCUUAAUAAACAUGCGGAUUCCCUAAUGGAUUUCUAUAUAAGCGACAGCAUGCAAGAUAUUUAUGACAUUGACAUUCGCUCAGAAGUAGCAACUGUUGUUGGUGGAGCGAAUGAGUUUUCAUCACUCGUAAAUUUCGAUUUACCACCGUUGGAUCUUGAUUCCAAUUCAAAUGAUGUAUGGAUGGGAAGUUCACGAUGGUCGUUUGGAUCAUCAAGCGACAUUUAUGCUGAUGUUGGUGAAUGCGUUAAUCCAAAUGCUGUGAUGCCCAAUUCCAAUAUUCCUAAUGGUGUAACUGCAAAUGUUUCGAUGCUUCUUAAGUCACCAAAAAAUCACAUGAAUCUCAAUCGUCAUCACAUGUUUGAUUCACUUUUAACAUCGCCACGCGAGAAGAAAUCACAUUUAACAUUCUCACCUGCUACAAUUAAGCUUUCGCAAAUGAAGCAAGAGCAGAGUUUAAUUAAUAACAGCAGUGUCAAGAGGCUUAUGAGCAUAAAUACGAUCGAGGCUAAUCGUGAAAACGUCAAGAAGGAUUUAAGUGGUGAACUGGGAACAAUGAAAGUAAAAAACAACUUCAAGUUAGCACCCGGCAUUGGAGGAUUAACAUUUGCCCAAUCAAAUGGUCAACAUAAACUUGAGCUUCAGAAAAGUCACUUGAAAGUUCUCGACAACACAAUCUACAAUGUAAGCAAACAACAGCAGAAAAUUCAACGUUCAUCUAGUCCCAAGUUCACGUAUAUCAGCCAGAACGGUCACAAACCACACAAUGUUAAGAACGUGAUUCAUCCGUCGAAAAUUCAUCACAAUUACGUUUCAAAUGCGAGCAUUUUAAGCUCAAGCAAUCAUCAUGAGAAGCCAGUGAAGAAGACAAAACAACAUCACCCUCAAGGUAUCAGCGAAUUUCCAAAACCUGCCUACAGUUACAGUUGUCUCAUUGCAAUGGCAUUAAAAAAUUCACGAGCUGGCUCACUUCCUGUAUCUGAAAUUUAUAGUUUCAUGUGUGAACAUUUCCCGUACUUUAAAACUGCACCAAAUGGUUGGAAGAAUUCAGUCAGACACAAUCUUUCCCUUAACAAAUGUUUUGAGAAGAUUGAAAAGCCGGUGACAAAUGGUGGACAACGAAAAGGUUGUCUUUGGGCAAUGAAUCCAGCAAAGAUUUUAAAAAUGGAUGAAGAAGUACAAAAAUGGUCGCGAAAAGAUCCAAUGGCAAUAAAGAAGGCCAUGGUGUUCCCUGAAAACUUGGAAGCAUUAGAACGUGGUGAAAUGAAGCAUGGACACAGUGGCGAGAGUGACGAUGAUGAAGAGAACGACAUGGGAUCAUCUGAAGAUAAUGAUGAGAUUCAAAGUGAAGGUGAACAGGAAGAAAGUUUUCUCAACACGCCUGAAUCGUUGAACGAUGGACAUGCAACCAGCGACGAAGAAGUUGAUUUCGAUGUUGAGGUCUCGGAAGACUUUUACGACAUCGACAUUGAAGAGUCCGCCCGCGAAGCUUUGUCACUUGAAAUAUCUGGCGAUAAAGAUUUUUUAAACAUCGAUGAUAACGAUGCAAGUCUCUUCUCACCUCAACAACCUCAGCAAAAACGUGCACGUUUAGAUUUCUCCAUCUCAUCAUCAGCAUCACCGACUUUGGUCAUGAAUCAUUCACACAACAGACGAAAGACGCCGCAUGUUAAUCGAUUCAUUUAAAUUUGUGAUUAACAACAACAAUAGCUGAAGGCGGAAGUUCAAUUUAUUAUUAAUAGCAGUCGGAAAAGCAAGCUGAUGAGAAAAUUCUUUUUUUUUCCAAAAUUCUUUUAUGAAACUUAAACAUUUUUUUUUCUUUUGAUAUUUCCUUAAAUUUGUAUUCAUUUUCAUUCAAUAAUAAUAAGCGAUAAAAAUGAGAUUACGAGAUUCAAGUGAUGAUAGUUGAAAUCGAGUUUUUGUUAAGGGAAACAAGAAUUUCGUAGAGCAAUUUGUGGAAAAGUUUCUUCUUUGAAAUUGUGCCUUUAAAGGAACAAACAAAAAAUAAUUUUUCAUAACACGAUGCUGGGAUUAAUAUCAGGUGUGUGAGUUUUACGUAGCUUUUUUAUGAUGUGGUGUAGUUGGAAAUCAUCAUCACUUGAUCUCAUCUCGAAUCUCAUAAGAAGAAAAAUAAUUCAAUUAAAUAGCAAAAAUUAAUUUGAGUUCAAAGAACAACUUAGUAGGAGAAAAGAGAAGAACGAAUACGAAUAACAAGUUAAAGUACGUUUGAUAACAUGUGAUAAGAUGAAAAAUAAAAGAAGAAAAACGAAAAGUGAUGAUGAGAAGAAGACGAAGGGUGGCAAAAAUGGUCUCGUAAAAGCUUAGAGAUUUAAAAUUUAAUGAAACUUUGUAUUUUUGUACAUUCAUAAUUUUCUCAAUCAACUUUGUUCCUCAACUGAAAUGUGAAAAAGGUGGAAAAUGUUGAGUGUUAUAAGUUUUUGUGAGGAGAAAACUGGAAAAAUGUGUUUUGCUGUCCGAGAUAUCAUCGCUCUAUUGUGAGCGUCUUUUCGGAAUGAUGGAA